AUGGCCCCGAAGCUGCUGUUGCUCCUCUGCCUGUUCUCGGGCUUGCACGCACGAUCCAGAAAGGUGGAAGAGGAUGAAUAUGAAGAUUCUUCAUCAAACCAAAAGUGGGUCUUGGCUCCAAAAUCCCAAGAUACAGAUGUGACUCUUAUUCUCAACAAGUUGCUAAGAGAGUAUGAUAAGAAGCUGAGGCCUGAUAUUGGAAUAAAACCCACCGUAAUUGAUGUUGACAUCUAUGUUAACAGCAUUGGUCCUGUGUCAUCAAUAAACAUGGAAUACCAAAUUGAUAUAUUUUUUGCCCAGACCUGGACCGACAGUCGCCUUCGGUUCAACAGCACAAUGAAAAUACUUACUCUGAACAGCAACAUGGUGGGGUUAAUAUGGAUUCCAGAUACGAUAUUCCGCAAUUCCAAAACUGCAGAGGCUCACUGGAUCACCACCCCCAAUCAACUCCUCAGAAUUUGGAAUGAUGGGAAAAUCCUUUACACUUUAAGGCUCACCAUAAAUGCAGAAUGCCAGCUGCAGCUGCACAACUUCCCCAUGGAUGAGCACUCCUGCCCGCUGAUAUUCUCCAGCUAUGGCUACCCCAAAGAAGAAAUGAUUUAUAGAUGGAGAAAAAAUUCGGUUGAAGCAGCUGAUCAGAAAUCCUGGCGGCUUUAUCAGUUUGACUUCAUGGGCCUCAGAAAUACCACAGAAAUUGUGAAAACAUCUGCAGGUGAUUAUGUUGUUAUGACUAUAUAUUUUGAAUUGAGUAGAAGAAUGGGAUACUUCACUAUUCAAACAUACAUUCCUUGUAUACUGACUGUGGUUUUAUCCUGGGUAUCAUUUUGGAUCAAAAAAGAUGCUACACCAGCAAGAACAGCAUUAGGCAUAACCACAGUGCUGACCAUGACCACACUCAGCACCAUAGCAAGGAAGUCCUUGCCUCGUGUUUCCUAUGUGACAGCCAUGGACCUCUUCGUGACAGUUUGCUUCUUAUUUGUCUUUGCUGCUUUGAUGGAGUAUGCUACCCUCAACUACUAUUCAAGUUGUAGAAAACCAGCCACCACUAAGAAAAAGACAUCGUUACUAUAUCCAGAUUCCUCAAGAUGGAUUCAUGAACACUUAAGCCUACAAGCCCCCUCUAACUAUUCUCUCCUUGAUAUGAGUCCACCACCACCGGCAACGGUUACCCUAAACAAUUCCAUGUACUGGCAAGAAUUUGAAGAUACCUGUGUGUAUGAGUGUCUGGAUGGGAAAGACUGUCAGAGCUUCUUCUGCUGUUAUGAAGAAUGCAAAUCAGGAUCUUGGAGAAAAGGACGUAUUCACAUAGACAUAUUGGAACUAGACUCAUAUUCUCGUGUCUUUUUCCCUACAUCGUUCCUGCUCUUCAACUUGGUCUAUUGGGUGGGAUACCUGUAUCUCUAA